CCGGCGCACCGCAGGGCCGUGGUAGGGGAGCGAGGGAAGGCGGGGCGGGACGGCGCAGCCCUGUCGCCAUCCUCCGGCCGCGCCGCGCCGCCUGGGCCGGGCGGUGGCCAGUGCUACCGGGGCCGAACCGCGCAGCGCCCCUCGCCUCUUCCUCACGGGCUGUGUUGUUCUCUCCGCAGGGAGCUCGGCGCUACCCUUCGUUGCGCGGCAGCCCCGCGGGGGGGCCCGAGGCGGCGCUGGGCCGCCUCCGCAGGGUUUUCCCAAUAAAAAAAGAGAAAAAUGAUUGAUAUUAAGGCUUGGGCUGAAUACAUCGUGGAGUGGGCUGCAAAGGACCCAUACGGCUUUCUUACUACAGUGAUCUUGGCCCUUACACCAUUGUUUGUAAUUAGUGCAGCGCUUUCAUGGAAGCUUGCAAAAAUGAUUGAGGCCAGGGAGCGAGAGCAAAAGAAGAAACAGAAACGCCAAGAGAAUAUUGCAAAAGCCAAACGAACAAAGAAGGAUUAAAUGGGGAAAAAAAACCUUUGUGCAAAGAAUCCACUUUUUAAUUGAAACACUUGUACACUUUGUGUUGUAACUGUCCUUUGAUACUUGAUCCUGUUCUUGAAGUAUGACAUUUAAUCCCUUCAAUGUAUUUUUUUCUGGUGAGAUGAUUUGUGUUAAAGUUUGCCUGUGACACUUGUUAGAGUCAUUUAAUCUAUUACAUGUGUUCUAGUGUGAGCUGCUUUUCUAAAUCUGUAUGUUAAAUGAAAAAAUUAUUCUGCUGGGUGGCACUGGAGGUAGAUUUUCCUUCCCCUUAGCUAAACUAUGACUUGGUUGGACUUCAUCUUAAGAUCUUUUCCAACCAAAAUGAUUCUGUGACUUAACAAGUGUCUUAAAACUGUCAAAAUAUGGGGAAAAUGUGAAUGGUAAACUGGAUUACAGAAAGGCAAGCAUUUGCGUACCUUCAUCAGAGCUGCAGGAGUUGAUUGUUUCCUUUAAGGACCCUGUGAUGUCCCUGCAAUUCAUUCAGCUGUGUGCCCACAGGGUCUGCUGCAGUGUCUUCAAUGAUGGGGCUUCUCUGCAAAAAGUGCUUUGGCUGCUUCUUAAACUACCAGCCAUGAAUAGUCUUUAAAUUCAGCCCAAACUCUAGGGAACUGAUUGCUUGCUCACUCUUAACCCACUCAUACACCACUGCGUUGUUUGGUUUUCCCUGAUGGCCUGAACACUUCACCUGUAACUAAUUUAUGUCACAAACUUUUUAUGCCUCUAAGAAGAGCUGUGAAUGGGGCAAGACCGAUGGCCCAGGCAGCUCAGUCUUCUGUGUCCUGGUGACCUGGAGGUGGCCGUGGGAGAGAACAGGAGGGGCAUGUGCAUGCUGGUGACAGUAGUUCCUCCUUGCUACCUUCCUUGCUACCUUUGGAGUUUAGGUUGGAUCUUUGUUGUUGAUGCCCUUGAAACUGGUAUCUUGCAGGCUGCAGAAUGCUGGCAUACUGGAAAAAGUCCCAAGGGGAGUUUGUGUUGUAAAUAUGCCAAAAUUAUUCAACCUUAAUUCAAAUUCAUGUUUUUCUAACAGAAGUGAUUACUUUUUCAAAACCUAGGUCUAAAGAGCUUGUGGCAGUAAUUCCAUUUUUAGACAGCAUAUUUCUAAAUGCAGCAAAGUUCUGUUUUCUAGCAAGUAGUCCUUCAUUAUGUUUAAAAAUAAAAUAGCAUUGUUCAAAGGAAGAGACCUAUGCAUUGUUGAUUCCCUUUCAAUUUUAAGUCAAAGCAAGUGUUGCUAAAAUAUGACGUCAGCAUUUUAUAAGUACAUAGGAUGAAGUUUCCACAUUUUAUAUCCAGUAUUGUCAAAUGUGUAUGUGUCCCACUUUUUGAUACCUACAUAGCUUAACACACUUCGAGGAGAACUGAUGAAGGAUGCUCUGCAAAAAUAAAUUUGAUACUUUUUUUCAAAAA